GUUCAAAGUUCAUAGUCUGCACUUCUACUUGCUUGUCGUGCUUGUUUCUAUCUGGUACAGGUUGGGAGAUUCAUCACAUUAAAUCGUGCCAUCCUUUGGUUGUAGGUGUUGUAGGUUGCUGUAUACCUCAACAAUACAACGGUUCUGUUUCCCGAAGAUGUUUUAGUUUUUUUUCCCUCCGCUCCCCAUCCGUCCCCCUUUUCAAACAAUCCCUUCUUUCACUUUCAUCUCCCGAGCUAAUAUCAAGCAAUACUUUGUUGCCAGUGCUGUCCUGCCACGCUAUUAUUCUAUUUUUCAUUUGAAUUUAUUUCACGAGUUAAAAUUGAAUAUGGCCACCUCGAUCUCGUCCUCCAUUUCGUGCUAGCCGUCUGAUGCGUCCUGUGUGGAAGUACGAGGAUUGGGCCUCAGGGGCUCCCAGAGAGAAGGUAAUUGCAGGAGACGUACUGGAACCACCGAAAGCAGGUUCAAAGUUACGGAAAUACGAUCUGCUGCAAGCCUCUUCAUGAUGAUCUCGAUAACAAACAUCUGCGAGGUGGAGCAUAUUUAAUGCAACACCAGUUUCUGGUCGUCGUUACCUAGGCAACUUGUUAAAUUCUUUUUUUGCCGUAGAUGUAUGCAGCAUUAAUAGAUAUUGUUAUUCAUGAUCGAGUACUUAUGUAGGUUUAAUGCUAGAGCAGUACCUCUGGUAGAUUGUGAUUGCCACGUUAUAUAUUGUUCAUGAUCUAUGAUCAUGAAGUUGAUUUUUAUCCUCUAAUGCAGAGUUCCACCUCGGGAUCAAGUUUCGAAGACCCCGAUGUGAAGCAGGAGGCGAAGGGCAAAGCUCGGAGAACGAGAGAGGGAAAACUGGACAGGAGGGGGACAUCCGUGCGAGUCUUUAUCGGAAAUGUCCCAUUUGAGAUGAAACAUGAGGAGGUACUUGUUUUUCGAUUUUGAUGCGUCCCAUUUGAGAUGAAAAAUGAGGAGGUACUUGUUUUUCGAUUUGGAUAUGUCCCAUUUGAGAUGAAACAUGAGAAGGUACUUGUUUUUCGAUUUUGAUGCGUCCCAUUUGAGAUGAAACAGGAGGAACUUGUUUUUCUAUUUUUACAUUUACUGAAGGCCUGAAGGAAGCCUCGAUGAGAUUGAGAAGGUACCUUGUCCAUCUUAAUAGAUGAUCAUCUGACAAUUACUUGUACUUCUACUUUCCACGACCUCUGUCUCCACCUCGUACUUGCAGUAAAUCUCGUCAUCAGACCCUGACCAAAGAGAUUUCUUUCCUUAUCCUCUUAUGCAGCUUCUGGGGAUUUGCCAGCAAGUUCCUGGGGUAAUGGAACUCCGCUUGGUGAUGGACAACGACAAGAAUAGGCAUCGAGGGAAAGCCUUCUGCGAGUAUGAGGACAUGCUUCACGCGGCGGAUGCGAUCACACUUCUCAACGUUAAGGCUAGCAUAAAUCCAUGCGUUGAUUGAACAGUGCCCGUUGGCUUCGAGAUAAGGCCCCUACGCGGGAAUUUGUCGCGCGUAGAAUUUGUAGACACAGGUAACAAAUAUAGGGAGGUUAACGUUAAUGUACUCCACCUGCCGCCGGUUUGCGAACUGGAUAAAACUGGGAUCACCCUUCCGGCGGUCUUGGCAUACAAAAAAAAAAUCAAAAUAAAAAAGGCCAGGGUGGAGCACAUGAAGGAACAAGCACGCUACAUCAAUAAGUCCAUCUUCCCAACCAGCAUCCUGUGUUCCCGUUUCUCAAGAGCAAACGGGCACCGAGACGCUCACCAAGAUGGAUUUAGUCAAGGUCUAACAACGGUUACGAAGUUGUCUGCCAAAAAGGAAAUCAUCACAUAAAACGAAAAUUGAUUGUAGAUUGGGCCAACCAAGAAUUGCAGUCAGGCUUAAGGCUUCCUCUAAUCCACCUACUCUCUAAGGAUGAUCCAUCAAGAUAAGUAUGCACCCCAAUACAAGGGGAAUAAUCUUGAGGCGUACAACUGUUGAGGGAUCUACUCCACAGGGAUGACUUGGGGAGUACAGUAGAAGACGUCUAACCGGCCUAAACCCAGAGGCAGUAUUGGGAGACACAUUUGCUCCAACCUGGUGCGGGCAGACAGCCUCAAUCGAGAAGCAAGACGAAGGUAAUAAAGGCAAAGGUAAGGGUGGCAAAGGAGUUAAAAAAGGCAGUGGACGAAAGGGUGGGAAGACGAGUCGUUCAACAGAUAAUAAAAACGAUUCAUAUAAUAAUACUGAAGGAAGCAAAAACAAGGAGAACGCAGCGAGAAACACUUCUACGACAAGUGAAGGAAUAAUGAAUGUCGAGGACCUCGCCGCCGGUCAGAACUACUAUAGCACUGAAAAUAUGAUUGGUGGAAGUGGAAUCGAGAAUGGAGGCGCUCCUGAAGAUGCUAACUUCUAUGCUGCUUUUGACGAGCCCGCAGGAGGUAACACAAAAGAGGACGAGCAAUGGAAUGUAGCCAUGACAGUUGCCUCGUUAAAUACGCCUGAAGACCAGGCUCGGUUAGCCUAUCUCCAGCGCGCCGCAGCUGGCGGAACUAAGGCGAAGGGGACGCCGUCCCCUACGCCAGGGUCUACUAGCACAGGAGCAACAGCCGCAACAGAGAUGCCGUUGAAGUUAUGAAGAACAACAAGUAAUACUUAACUUUGUGACUACUAAGAAGGAGGUGAUCCAUGAUUACGUUGGCGUCUCAAGUAGCUUUAUUGGUCCAACAGCAAUGCGAAGCAGUUCUAACGGUGUAUUGCCAAAGUGAUGAUUCUUUAACGACGAUUCCCAAUAUUCGUUCUUAAUCACCCCGUUCUUCCGUCGACCUCGAGGACAAUGAGCAUGUCUAGAACUACUGUGUUAUUUAUUUACUGACUUCUAGUAGUAGGAGAGGUUCUUGCAGUACUUGUUUUAAACGAAUAGAGCAUAUACCUGUCAUAAUAUCGACUUCAUUCUAAUUCGAAAGCAGUGCUUGUUUUAUUCGAUAAAGCAUAUACUUGUCAUAAUAUCGACUUCAUUCUAAUUCUAAAGCAGGCUCCCACAAAACAAGUUGAUCAAACGGUCUUCAACGUCCCGCCAGCGGCGAGUGUACCACCGGUGAUGUUGCCGCAACAUUACAACCCCUUUGCGGCUGACGCAGAGCUAGACGGCGAAACAGAAGUUAAGGGUAGUUUAUCAGUAUCAAUCCCAUGUGGACUAUGCUGAGUAAAUAAGUCCACCCUGAUGUGAAGAGGAAGAUAUAGGGGGAAAAGGGCAAGAACCCACUUGACCAGAGAUAGUGAGAAGCUACCUCUAAAGAAGAUGAUGAAGAAGAAAAUUGGGGGAUAAACGACGAUGACGAAGCUGCUCUCAGUGACCCUGCGGAGGCCGAAAAAGCGUCGGGGAAGCCAAAAAAGCGGACCCUUGCUGAAGUAAACAUGGAAUUCAAUGACAAGCGGAACCCUGCAAACAACAUCGAAAAUAAGAAGAACAACAAAGGUAUGAGAGGGAAAAGUGCACUCACACUCUCUCAAGAAAUAAGUAGCUACUUUCCUACUGCUACUUGAAUCCUGGGGAAUUUCUUGAGUGUGAGUGCACAUUUUCCUUUCAUAAAAGGACGCGGCAAAAACAAGAAUUAUGUUCGGUUUUGCACCUAGGCGGAUUGUACUGAUAGUUGGCGUUGUGACUACCGCAAUAUAGAAACGAACUCAAAAAAAGUGCUCGUUCGUUGUACUACUUACUACUAUGUACUAUAAUGGACAUUCACAUUCUUCAAUACACUAACAUUUCUGACCUCAGCAAAAGUGAUGAAUGUUUCUAGGAGGACUACUUGGGAUGUGAAUGAAUGAAUGGAAAAACAAACAAUCUUCAUCAAUGAUCCUACUUUCAUGUCAUCGGUAAAGACGGCGUCCGGCGUGCUACUACUGAAGGUGGAGGUCAUGUUUACAUGGGUGGUGGGUCGAGGACGGGGUCAGCGGAUCAUGAUGCAAAGUGGUACAUUAAGGAAGCCCAGCUCGAAGUUGAGAAGGCAAAACAGGAGACAAAAAGGCAAAGGAUAGAACAAGAGGCUUCUAUGGGUUCAUCAGGUACUUAGACAGAGAAAUAUAUUACUAGUGUUGAUGAGGUUUCAUUUUCAUACAUUAAAUUUAUUUUCAUGACUCUCAGAAUUCUAGCUAAGGUGCAUGUGUACUCAUAGAGCUGCUGUUGCUUAAUUUGCGUUCUGUAUAUUACACCUGGUACAGAUGGCUCGACGUCGUUCAUUCAUGCAAGAAAGAGGAAUGUCAUCAGCAGGGUAAAAAAAUCUCAAUCAGACAAGUAGGAGUACUGACCGAAAAAUAUAAGUUAGUUUAGAAAUAUAUUCUUCUUCAUCUACUUUCUUGACACAACAAGGAAGAGACCGCAACAUUCAAAAAAAUUCAAAAAUUAUCUCAGCGCCAGCACGCAUGCCUCCUGUGCCCCCUCCGAUACCGGCAGCUGCGACCGCGCUGGCCCAAAGCCUGGCCAGUGCUGCUUUACAAGGAUCAGUUCCGCAGAACGCAUCGCCAACGACAUUUGAUUAAGGCUUACACCACUUUUUUGGUUUUCGUCCAAACCGUAACUGUUUUUUGGAUUUUCUUGAAGAAUCGUUUGUUAUGAUAGAUGGAGUAUCUUUCAGAGCAAAAACAAUAGAAACAGCAGCAUGAUUUUAUAAAUGAACGGCAACAUCAGACCACGAGGUGAAUCAGUAAUAAACGAUGAACUCAAUACAAUCAAAACGAAAAAUCUAGCACCACGACCCAUUGUUCUAAUCUGAUGACGACAGCUUGUACGAUAACUUUUCUUUGAAGGAGGCGAAAGAUGCUCUGCGCUUUAUAAAAGAGCUGAAUUUGAUCGAACAAUACUACGCCUGGCGCAGGCUUCGGAACGGGACAGAAGGUGGACCAUGACGAGUAGAAGAAAUGGUUUGGAGAUCGUGGGUAUCACUUGUUUUCGAAGAAACACGUACACGAAGAAAAUAGCAGAGAACUGAAAAAACUUUUAAUUUAUACUACUUCCAAUUGGAAGAAAUCUAUUAUUUAAUCAUACAUAAUAAAUCUUCAGCUCCUUAUUUGGAGUUGGACCUCCGACUUGGUUCCGGAUACGCCACCUCGCCUUAUUCUUAUAAAUAUAUGAAGAAUUACCCUUUGUCUUGUUACAUUCACAUCUACCACCCACUGUGAAAUCGUGCAACCAACGCAAAUGUUCCAAACUAUAAGCAUAAAAAAAAUCUUGGUAACGCCCGCAGGCGACGGACAUGCAGACCUAGUGAACUCAAGUGAAGCCAAUGGUAUCUC